AGAGCUGAGUUUCCGACAAAUUUAUUGGAUUGACGAACUUUGAAGAAGAAGAAGAGAGAUGCCGAAGAGAACGACACACACGUACUCGAGCGAGGACGCCGCGCCGGAUGGACCCGACUCUGAUCUCUUCGUAUACUACUGCAAACACUGUGGUUCUCAUGUCCUUAUCACUGAUACCCAGUUGCAGAAGAUGCCAAAAAGGAAGACCGACAGGUCGAAUGUACUUGACAAGAAGACGCACCUUGCUAGGUUGAAUGUCAGCGAGGGAGGAAAAGUUUUAUUGAAACGUGGCGAAGGAAAAAUGGAGAGACAGUUUAGAAUGAACUGUAUCGGUUGUGAGCUUUUUGUUUGUUAUCGUGCUGAAGAGAAUCUGGAAACAGCGUCUUUCAUUUACAUUGUUGAUGGAGCACUUAGUGCUGUUGCUGCAGAAACCAACCCACAGGAUGCACCAGUACCUCCCUGCAUUUCACAACUCGACGGUGGACUUGUUCAGGUUGCAAUAGAAGUGGAAGACCGUGCACAACGUUCAGCAAUCACAAGGGUAAAUGCUGAUGAUGUUCGUGUGACUGUUGCUGCACCAGCAGCCCGUGGGGAAGCUAACAACGAGCUUCUGGAAUUCAUGGGAAGGGUACCAAAUCAAUCCGUUAUUAAUCACUUUUUAAGAUUUAUACUCUAGUCACGGCGUUUCAUAUUUUGUAUGUGAAAAUGAGGUUUUUUGACCAACGCGACACGACCUCUGUGUUUUUACUCUUUCAGGUUCUUGGUUUAAGGUUGAGCCAGAUGACUCUCCAAAGAGGUUGGAAUAGCAAAUCAAAACUCCUCGUGGUCGAGGAUUUAUCAGCUAGACAAGUGUAUGAGAAGCUUCUCGAGGCCGUUGUACCGUAAAAACUGCGGUUUGUGGUUGGUGAACGACAUUAGCUGAAAUCUCUGCAACUCCUUAGUUAACACCCUUUAUUGGUAUGAAGAACGAGUUUUCGUAUUUUACUUGAGAAAGAUAGCUAUAAACAAAUUGCUUUCUUCUUUGUUUUCAUGCUUAUGCGACAACUAACUCUUUUUAUACAAUCCCCUAUUGUUAAAAGUUAUAAUAAUCGUCUAUACUCUUUAGAUUCCUUC